AAAUAAGGAAAGGGCUAGAGAAGGGAGAUUUUUAAGGUUAUUUAUAAGAAAGAAACCUAAUUAAUGCAAUGCUUGGAUGGAGCGUCCAAGAAACAAAGGUUCUUAAUUGUCUUCUGCUGUUAUGUUGGGAAAUUUGAAAGGACGGUUUCACAUGGGAAACACACAGAGAGAGCAACAAGACUCCCUUUCUUCUUCUUUUGUCUCCUUCAAUCUUUUUUCAUUUUUUUCCUCUUUCUCAUGAUAUAAUUUGAAGGAAAGAGAAGUAAUCCUUUGUGGGUUUUGUCUGAAAAUGAGGAGUUUAGCUUCUUGUUACAGUGAACAUGCCAUUAAAGUUUCAGAUUCUUAUUGCUCAGGUCCUUCAGACCAAGCAUGUCUUUCUCCUUACCAGACACCUUCGAUUCCCAGUGCAGUGUCUUGUAUGUAUAAAGUCGAUGUUUUAUCUCAAAGAAUUCUCUUCAUCAUCCUCACAUGGUGCAACAAGCUUCUAAGCCAUGGUCUCUCUAUCAAUGUUAGUGAUUCCGUUUCAUCUCCUUCAAAAAUCAAUGCUGAUUUUCACCACCUGAGAAAAAGAAAAGGAUCCAAGACAUUCCAAUCUUGCAAUUCAAAGAUUGAAGUUUUUUGGGAUCUUUCUUCUGCUUAUUACGAUCCUGGACCUGAGCCGAUCAGUGGGUUUUACGUGGUGGUUUCUGUUGAUUCAGAGCUUGCUCUACUCCUCGGAGAUAUGGAUGAAGAAGCGACGAGUCUGCAGGGGCUGAAAACAAACUCACCACAAUUGAGAUCAUCAAUGGUGUCUCGAAGUGAGCAUUUCUCAGGUAAUUCUAUAUAUUCAAGCAAAGCUCAGUUCUGCGAUUCUGGAAAAGCUCAUGAUGUAUUAGUCAAGUGCAGUGGAGAAGAAGAUGGAUUGAAGAAUCCUGUAUUGACUGUGUGCAUUGAUAAUAAGACGAUUUUUCAAGUGAAGAGAUUGAAAUGGAAUUUUAGAGGGAAUCAGACAAUUUUCUUGGAUGGUUUAUUGGUGGAUAUGAUGUGGGAUUUGCACGAUUGGUUGUUUAAAGAAGAUUCUGGGUAUGCUGUUUUCAUGUUUAGGACAAGAAGUGGAUUGGACAGCAGGCUGUGGCUGGAGGAGAACUUGGAUCAGAAAGGACAAGACAGGGCAGAGUUCUCGUUUUUUAUCUGUGCAUGUAAGAAUCCCGAGUGAUGCCUUUUGGUUUUUUCUUUUCCCUUGUUUUUUAAUUGCUUUUUUUAUUGUUCUGCAUAGAGAGAGAGGUUGGUGGAUAUCGAAUUGUACAUAAAACAAAUUCAAUGCAUGAUCUGGUCUUACUGUAUUUGCGUGUCAAAGGAGGAGAGCUUAUUUUUUACUGCAAGGCAGACAAUCGAUCAUUAUGGAUCUUCU